GCCCGAAGGAGAAAAGAAGAAGCUUUAGUAGUACUUGGCACCGUGAAGACAGGAACACCAGCACUGUUCUUGCUUUACCCUCCAGAUGGGAAUUAGGGAUUACAUUUCUUCAACGGCAAAUGCAGUGAAUGAAAAUGCCAUUAAACCUGUUAAAACCUUCUGCUCCACCUCUUAUUCUCACGGCCAUGCAGCUGUUACCAUGAUAGGCAAGACCUCUUAUUCUUACGGUUCCGCUGCUGCUUCCAAGAUCGCCAGCGCCAUCAGAGUCAACGCUGUUGAAAAGGUGAGCCAACAAUUACAGGACGAAGAUGCCCAAUCCAAAAUGCGCCAAUUUGCCUCCAACAUUGCCACCAACGCUGCCGGAUUCGUGUUCCGCGAGGCUCUUAAAACUUUACCUGGUGGAGGACCAAUUGUUGAGAUUGUGUCACGCUCCUUGCCUGAUAAAAAGAAUUUGCAGAAUCAUAAAAAGGAAGAAGCAGAGGCAUUAAAAUCUAAAUUGGUCGAUCAUGAAGAAAAGAUAAAGGAAUUGCAAGCUGUGAUACACAAAAUGAGAAAAGAACAAAGCAAUUCUAAACAAGUGCUUAAUCAGGCAGAGGUGCAUGAGCUGGAUGAUGUGGAAUUAGAAUUUAGAAAACUCGAAGCCUAUAAAAACCAAGCAGCAGCCGUCAGAUUUCUUAGGACAAUUCAUCUGCAUUCAGAUGAGAAUAAACAACCAGUGGAUCAGUUGCGAACAAUGUUAAUGAAGGGGCUCAUUAGUAAUCAUAUCCUGCAUGAUAUUAACAGCACCAAAAAAUGCCACGAGUCGGAUGCAUGACCUAGAGACAAUAGUUUAUCUGUGAUAAUCAUAGUUAAUCAUAAUAGUGCUCAUGCAUGAAUUUCUAUGGAAGCUAUUCUAUGUUAUUGGAAGGCUGUCUCUGCUCAGUAUUAGUAUGAUGUUUCUGUAAUGAUAUCUGCGUGUGUAUUGGAUUGUCUCUGUAGAGAAAUUAUGUGGAAGCAGUGCUUUCUCUUGUUAA